AUGCCUCAAGAAGCAGACCAGGCCGCAGCCGCCGCCCUCGCCGCGUCGUCCAUCGACCCGACCCGGACCGAGGACACCAGCGACCAUCAAAACGACGACGAAGACGAAGACGACGAAGACUUUGCUCCGCCAACGCGCACCACAGGCCCACAACGAGACGGUGAGGCGUCCGAUGACGGCGGGCAUGGCGACGAUGACGACUCAGAUGACGAGCAAAGCGAUGCUGCGGCAGCAACGGGCAGGACUCCUCCGUCAAAGAGAAAGGCGGCUGGGGCGGACCCCGACCAGGACAUCGACGACGAAGAGGUGGAAGCGGCCAGGCGAGAGCGCGAGGAAAUGAUCAGAGAGGCGGGCGGAGAGGUCCGGCUGGGCAAGCGGAGGAGGACCAGAGCCGCAGCGGAUAGCGACGGCAACAAUGAGAGCUCGGCGCAGGGCGAUUCGGAAUCCAAGGCCAGAGCGCAGGCAGAGGCGGAAAGGGCGUGGCAGGACAUCAAGGCGGCACCAACGUCGGACUCGCCAUCAGCCGUCGCGGCGGCCAACGAAGCAGCGACGGGCGAUCCGGAGCUCGUCUCGGUGGUGCAGACUUACGAGUUUGCGGGCGAGACGACCACGACGACCAAGCUGCUCCCGCGCUCGCAUCCAGACGCCAUUGCCUACCUCUCGUCGCUCCCCUCGUCGUCUGCUGCCCCUUGCCCCUCGACAUCGGCAGCGCCAGCGCCAGCGCCAGCAGCAGCAGAAGCAGCAGCACCACACCUCUCCUCCGAGGCCGCCGCCGCCGCCACCGCCGCCGCGGGCACCAGUGCGCCAAAGCCAGCGCCGAGACCGGGUCCACGUCGUAAGAAGGGUGGCUCCUCGCUCGCCUCGCUCUCGGCGGCGGCGACGGCCAAGCCGACCAAGCUCAACACGCUGGAAAAGUCAAAGAUGGACUGGGACCGCUUCAAGUCGGACCCUGCCAUGGGCAUCACCGAGGCCGAGAGGGACGAGAUCGAGGCCCAGACAAAGGGCGGGGGCAGCGGGCUGGGCAGCAUCAAGGGUUACCUCGAGCGAAGGGAUUUCCUCGAAAGGGUCGACCGCAGGCUCCAGGACGGCAGCGACGGAUCCCGGCGGUGA